GCUGGCCCUGGGACGGUCGGCCGUCGAGGCCUGCGGGGGGACCGUCGACGUCCUGAUCCACUGCGGGGGGGUCUCCAGCCGGUCCGACUUUGUCGACACCCUGCUGGAGGUCGACGAGCGCGUCAUGCAGAUCAACUUUUUCUCGGGGGCGGCCCUCGCCAAGGCCGUCGUUCCCACCAUGGUGGCCGCGGGCAGCGGSGGCAAGAUCCUCUGGAUCAGCUCGGUCCAGGGCCUCAUGGGGAUCCCCUCGCGGACCUCCUACGCGGCCUCCAAGUUCGCCGUCCAGGGCUACUGCGAGGCCCUCCGGGCCGAGCUGGCCACCGAGGGGAUCUCGGUCCACUGCGCCAGCCCGGGCUACAUCCGGACCAACCUCUCCGCGAGCGCGGUCACGGGCGAYGGGAAGGCCUACGGGACCACCGACCCGGCCACCGCGGCCGGGGCCGACCCGAGGGACGUGGCGGUGGAGGUCCUGGACCGGUCGGUCGCGAAGGGAGAGGCCGAYUUUGUGGUGGCGGCCUCGGCCACGGCCAGGAUCGCCCUCUGGCUGAGGGUCCUGCUCCCGGGGGUCCUCCGGUCGCUCCUGGUSCGGCGGCACGAAACCGCCAGGGCCAAGCGGGGGGCCCCGGAGGCGCCACCGGGCGCAGMAGGCGCCGGCAAGAAGCUGGACUGAGCAAGGGGCCCCACCGAGACGCAAAGGACCUUCCCCCGGCGCCGCGAUGGAAUGCGCAUCGCAUCGCAGAGCGGCGAGCCGGAUCGGGUUAGGUCG